UCCUAACACAAACUUGUACUCCCAAGGCCUCUGAUGGAAAGUUCUUCCUGCAUAUUGCACAUGUAGUUCCAGGAAUUGCAAUAGGGGUAAAAUGCCAUCAUCAUCCUACAUCGAUCAAACUUCUGGAUUCUUCUCUUUUGCCACACUUUGGAACUGGCUGCAAGAUAAUAAUCUCAUUUUGAAGUCAGAUUCUUGGCUCUCAGAAUACCUAAAUCCAACUUGGCAAACCAUGUUUUGGAUUAUCCUUACCAUUUUCCUGGUAAUAGGAACAUAUGCCUUUUGGAAACGAACUUUUCGAUCGAUUCAGAAAAUCAUCCUCUUUAUUAACUUACUCCUUAUGCUUUACAAGAAGGGCACAGAUCUUUUUCAAGAAAUAUUGUCCAACAACAGUGGAGGAACAGUCUAUUGCCCCAUUAACCAAGAUAAAAAUAACAUGUUGGUCACCCUGAACCUGCAGGAGAAAAUUCUCAAAAAGCUUCAAAUGGUAGAGUGUAAAGUGAAGGAUCUGGAAAAUUUGAUCGUAAACUACAAAAACGGCAAGAGGAAUUGUACAGCGCCCUAUUGUAGCUGCUCGGACUGUCAGAGCCCCAUGCCCACUUCUGGGUUUACCUCUACAUCUGACCAUGAAUCCAGGAUAUGAGUCUACCCCUCCCUAGAAAGACUUCCAUCCAUCAUCUUGAGUGGCAUGUGGAGUACAAAUAAAAUACUUCAUAUCCCUAA